CCAUCAGACAUUUCAAAGUCGGCAAGCAGACAGUUUGGAUUGUUACUUUUAUACAGCGUUUUAUCUCCUGUUCCAACAACCAGUUGCCAUUAGCCAUCAACCAGCAAUGAGCAGCAGCAGUAGCAGUAGUAGAAGCGGUGACGGCGAUGUGGUGCUCGUAACGGGCGGCAGUGGAUUUCUGGGUCAGCACAUCAUUAAGCAGCUGCUGGAGCGUCGCACUGAGCUGGGCAUCAGGGAGGUCCGUUCGCUGGACAUUGUGCCCUACAAGAACAACAUCGGUCAUCCGGAAACGCCCAUACUGCACACCUUUAUAGGCGACAUUGGCGUCGAUCGCGAGAGCCUCAACCCAGUCUUUGCCGGAGUGGAUGGAGUCUUCCACUGCGCCGCCUCGGUGAAGAUCGAGUAUCCGCCCAACUACGAGGAGCUGGACCGUGUGAAUGUGAAGGGCACCCUGGCCGUGGUGGACCUGUGCAUCCAGAACAAUGUAAAGCGUUUGGUCUACACCAGCUGCACGUCCGUGUGCUUUGUGCCCUUCAAGGGGCGCAGCACCUUCUCGGCGGUCAUCAAUUCAACGGAAUCCAAGACGGACACACCCACCCUGGACGGCGCCACGCUCUGGGAGCAGGACAGCCAGUUCCUGAUUGCCGGCUACGCCUCGAGCAAGCUCAGGGGCGAGAACAUUGUUCUGAACUCCAACGGAGCACCACUCCAGAACCAGGAGGAUUACUUGGCCACCUGUGCCAUUCGUGCCCCGCUGACCUACGGCGAAUGUGACUCGCUCUUUGUGACAAAGACCUUUGAGUAUCUGUCGACGCGUGGCUGGGUCUUCCCACGUAUUGCCGGAGUCGGGGGCAAACAGCAGCUGGUGUACGCCGGCAACGUGGCCUGGGGCCACCUCUGUGCCUACAAGGCUCUGAAGGUCUCCAGCAAGGCGGUCAAUGGCCUGCCAGUGUUCGUCACCGACGACACGGGCAUCAACGACGUAUCGCGCUUCAUCCAGAAGAUGGCCCUGCUCGGCGAGCGCUUCAAGGUGAAGACCAGCUGGUGGUAUCUGCCCCACUUUCUGUUCUUCUUCCUCGCCUUCCUGCUGGAGGUGGUGGUGCGCGUGGCUUAUCCCUACACCAAAUACCGUUUGCACUACUCGCCCCGUGCCAUCGCCUCCUACACGUCCUCCAUGCUGAUGUACAAUCGACUCCGCGCCGCGAUACACAUGGACUACAUGCCACUGUUCGAUGCGGACACCAGUGCCGAGCGCAGUGCCAAGUGGUACGCCCGAUGGUGGGACCAGAAGCAACAGGCCAAUAAGCUCAAGAAAUCCAGCUGAGAUUUGCACGGAUUAUCCCACACAUUAUGUUGCUUACUCGUAGUUGUAUUUUUUUAUAUUAUAAGUUGGAUUUUUAUGUACUGCCCCUGCUCCACUCCCACAGCUAUAGUUCAAUAAAUU